AUGCUUCAAUGUCUUCUCAUCUCCCUUAAUUUUCCCUUGCCCCUCCUUCCCUCCCCCCUCUUUCCCUCUUUCGCCCUUUUUUUCCUCCGCCCCCCUCCCCUCCCCUCAGGUGACUGUGGCGGAGGGGCGCGGCGGCAGGGUGACGGUGGUGGAGGCGCGCGGCAGGUGGGCUACUGGAGCCUAACAGCCUCUCAUCUCAGCUCUUCCUGUUCUCCUCUUCUCCCAGCACCCCCCUCCUCUCCAGGUGACCGUGCUGGAUGCGUGACGGUGGUGGAGGCGCGCGGAAUGGUGACGGUGGUGGAGGCGCGCGGAAGGGUGGGCGGGCGCAUGUGGAGCCGAACGGAGGCCGCCCCUGCCGGCUCGCCCACGACGUUCCUGCGAGGCGAGAUGGGCGCACAGUGGAUCGAGGGCGCCACAGGUAACCCGGUAACCACUCUGGCUCGGAAAUUCAAGCUCAACAUUGCGCAGCAGAACGGGCGGGAAAUCCAAUUCACAGCCAAGGGGAGGAGGUACGGGGACGCGGAGUGGGCGGCAGCGGAGGCGGAGUAUCAGACGUUAGUACGGCAAGCCUUGGCCUGGGCGGGCAAGCAGAACAAGGAUGUGAGCCUGCAGCAGGCGUUCACUAGCGGGCCUUGGAAGCGAAAGAUGUUCUACAAGCCCUAUGCUCAGUCUCGCCUGGCAGUGGACUACGAGUUCAACUUCGGCACGGCCCUCUCGCACCUGUCAGCAUGGUACUACGACUCCGAUGCCUUCGACCCGCCCACCAUGGUGGUUACCAACGGCUACGACAACAUCCCCAAGAUGCUCAUGCAGGAAGCGCAAGGAAAAGGAGCAAAGCUGCUCCUCAACUUUGAAGUCACGGCCAUCUCGCAGUCCUCCACAGGCGUGCAGAUCACGGGAAAGAACACCGCCAGUGGCGCCACCGGCACGCUGGACGCCGACGUGGUGAUCGUCACCAUCCCUCUCGGGGUGCUCAAGGCCAACACCAUCGCCUUCUCUCCGUCGCUCCCCCCCCGUAAAACCGGCGCCAUAGCCCGCCUGGGAGUGGGCGCAAUCGCCAAGAUCUUCUUCUUCUUCAACCAGACCUUCUGGCCGGUCAACGUGGACGAAUAUUUCAUCGAGGAUGCGCAGCUGCCCGCAAAUCGCGGGCGGUGGGUGGAUUGGGUGAACCUGAAGCGCGCGUGGGGGCAGACGGCUUUGGAGGGAGUGGCUCUGGGGGAGUAUGCGGUGAGAAUGGCUACGAUGAGCGAUGAGGAGGUGAUUAAAGACGCCAAGGCGAAGAUGGCGCGCAUGUUCCCGCAGUACCGCAAGAAGCCGCUUGAGCCACUGGCCACUUGGAUCCAGCGCUGGACCGCCGAACCGUAUUCGCGGGGGGCGUACAGCUAUGCGCGCGUGGGCGUGCGGGGGAACGAGGAUCACUGCACGGACUAUGAUGUGAUGGCGCUGCCCGAGGGGAGGGUGCUGUUUGCGGGGGAGCACACCAUCUGGCAGUACCAGGCCACCGUGCACGGCGCCCUGCUCUCCGGCGUCCGCGAGGCCAAGCGCGUGCUCAGGAACUUCUGA